AUUUUUUGGUGGGUGACAGCAAAGAAAUACUGAGUUGGUCUUGUGUUUACACAGUUGAUGGACAGCCGAACUUUUGAUUACGUUUUAGGUAUCCGCCAUUUUGAUUUCCAAAUCUGACAGAUUUUUUUGUUGCCUGCCUCCUCAAGUCUAAUUUGGACAGCGUCAACACAACCGCACGGCAGGCCAACCACUGACCGACGAACGGCAGUGUAAAUGACAUUGCAACCGGGAAAGGGUAGUAUCCUCAAGCUAACAGCGCAGCCAUGAAUAGCCAGCUAUGGGCCUCUGGGUAACCUGACAGCCAAAGUCGCCGAGUUGCCGUUCAGCUUGCAGAUGACGACUGAUGAAAUGAUGGACAAAAGGUUGAAGCCAGUCUCUCCUGGGUCUGUAUGCGUGGUGUUAGAAUGAGUGAAGUCAUGUGUUUUUGUCCUCAUUGUGGGAAUUUGCUGGUGCUGAUUUAUGUCAAGACCAAGCAACCUCAGUAGUGCAAAUGGCUGUUUAGCAAGAUCUGACUGAGGAUACCAGUCCUUGUACAAAUCAGCUAAGUGUAUGUGCCUGUGACAUCAGCUAUGUUUUGGAAGUUUGACUUGCACACGUCUUCUCACCUGGAGGCUUUACUGGACAAAGAGGAUGUCACUCUUACUGAGCUCAUGGAUGAGGAAGAUGUGCUGCAGGAGUGCAAGGCACAGAACAGGAGACUUCUCCUGUUCUUGUGCCAGGACCAGUGCAUGCUGGAGCUGGUCCGUAUGAUUACUACAGAGCCCCCUGCUGGUGUAGAAGAGACCAAGCGCUUCAAGUAUCCAAAUAUAGCAUGUGAGCUGCUGACGUGCGAUGUGGGAGUGAUCAAUGAUAAGCUGGGUAAUGAGGAGCCUCUGCUGGAAACUCUGUAUGCCUUCCUGGAGCAACCAUCCCCACUUAACCCCCUCCUGGCAUCUUUCUUUAGCAAGACAAUUGGGAACCUCAUCACACGGAAGACUGAACAGGUGCUUAGUUUCCUGCGAUGUAAGGAGGGUUUCCUUUCCUUGGUCCUGAAGCAUAUCGAUACAUCGGCCAUGAUGGAUGUGCUCCUAAGACUCAUCAGCUGUGUGGAGCCACCACCCCUUCGGCUCGAGACGCUUACUUGGCUGAAUGAAGAGAAGCUCGCACAGAGACUCAUAGAGCUCAUUCAUCCUGAGAGAGAUGAAGAGAGACAGUCCAAUGCGUCUCAGACUUUGUGUGACAUCAUUCGUCUGAGCAGAGACCAGGCGAAUCAGCUCCAAGAAAUUUCACAGCCCGACCCUUUACUGACUGUGCUGGAGUCGCAGGAGUGUGUGGAGCAGUUGUUGCAGAAUAUGUUCUCAGGAGAGAGUACUGAGAGCUGUAUCGUCAAUGGGAUUCAAGUUCUUCUCACAUUACUGGAGAUCAGGAGGCCUGUGGUGGAUGGUGUAAUGGAUGCUCAGGGAUUUGAAAGAAGUUAUACAGUUAACAGCAGCAUUUUGUUGGCCAUCCAGCCACACUUGAUACACUUCCACCAGCUACUUCUGCAGCCACCGAAGCGGAAUCCCAUGUUGACUACACUGGGUGUCCUAGAGGAACCAUUAGGGAACACACGUCUACACGUAGCCAGACUGGUGGCCUCUCUGCUGUACACCAGCUCUGCUAGCCAUGCGGUUGUAGCACAGGAACUCUGUCGACUUAAUACAAUGGAUCUGCUUCUGGACUUGUUCUUCAAGUAUACGUGGAACAACUUCUUGCACCUCCAAGUGGAACUUUGUGUUGCUGCCAUUGUCCGGCCCUGUGCCCAUGAAAUGAGACUUCAGCCUGGCUUGGGAGCCCAGGAAAAAUUCAAGGCUCAUCAGGAUCCUUCACAAGAAAAUACUUUGACUGAAACCGAUGAAAACUCUGCACAUAAUCUAAUGGUGACUCAUUUGUUUCAGCAGUGCAACCUUGUCCAGAGGAUUCUGGAUGCUUGGGAAGAAAAUGAUAAAAUACAGUCAGAAGGUGGUAUGAGAAGAGGGUACAUGGGACAUCUGACCAGGAUUGCCAACACAGUAGUCCACAACCUGGAGAAGGGCCCUGUUCACACACAGAUUAGUAGCCUCAUCACAGAGCUGCCAGAGGACUACAGAGGGCGCUGGGAAAACUUUGUUGACCAGACCCUGUCAGAAACCAAUAGGAAGAACACCAUAGACCUGAUUGGAACUGGAAACCCACGUCCAUCCUCAGAGGAUGAUAUGGAAAGCCCAUUUCCUAAAGAACUGACACUACAGCAGGCCUUUUCAGACUACCAGAUCCAGCAGAUGACUGCUAACUUUGUGGAUCAGUUUGGCUUUAAUGAUGAGGAGUUUACUGAUCAUAAUGACAGCAUUGGGGCAACGUUUGACCGAAUUGCAGAGAUCAAUAUCAGCAUUGAUGCAGGCCAGGACAGUGCUAAUACAGCUGUGUUUGAGGCCUGUUCCAAGGAGAGGAUUCAGUCCUUUGAUGAUGAUGAAGAGGACAUUUGGGAGGAGAAAGAGAUCAGCUUUGCAACACAAACCAAAUCCCGUAACAGGUUUGGUGGGUCACAAUCAUCUCAGAGCCAAGCAACCAGUAAAGCUUGUGACAGGACGUCAGCUUCUGGCACGGAGGCCUCUGACAGAGCAUCAGAUUCAGACUCUGAGGAGGGAGAGGAUCCUAAAGAUGACCUUGAUCCUUUCUCAAGCCUGAGCCAGACCGAAGCAGCUAAAAGCACUGGCUGGAUAGCAGAUUUUGGAGAGGUGAACUCAAAGGCUCCUGCAGCAGGUGUGGGCUUUUCAGCCUGGGAUACUUCAGACUCACAACCAACUGCCACAGAGACAGAGGAGAAAGGAUGGGCCAAGUUCACUGACUUCCAGCCUUUCUGCUGCUCUGAAACAGGCCCCAGGUGCAGCUCUCCUGUGGACUCAGAGCUCAGUGGAUCAGACAGCACCAAACCAAACCAAAACCCGUGUGUGUGGAGCGUGUGUGUGGCGAGAAAAGCUCCUCUGGUGGCAUCGGACAGCUCUUCCUCCAGCAGCUCAGACAGCGAUGAGGAAGAAGCCAAGACGGAGUCUGUGACGAGUGAGACGGUCACCACGGAGACUGUGACCACGGGGGCGGGCAAGGAGACCAUUCGCCUCACCAUGGAUGCCAAAAAUGAGAGGGCGGUCUUCAGCAGUGAGGCAGAUAAGGUGCCAGCAGAGGGACUUCCCAUCAAAGACAAAGGCAAUGAGAAAGAAAGGGAGAAGAGAAAGAAACACGGAGACGGCUCCAACCCAACUACCGCCAGUCCACCUACCCAGUCAUCUGCUGUCACACAAGAGACGCAGCCCUCCGCUAACGGACCGGCUUAACGAUUCAUCACACAAACACACACACACACGUUCAUACCUGUCCUCUAAACACACAGCCAUGCCACCCUUGCAUCCUGUUAGCAGCCCUCCAAUGCCCCUUUUUUCGUGUCCGGAGGAUGGGAGCUCCUCAGCAUCGAGGUCAAAUAGUCCUUAACAGUAUGUAUGCUGGGUGACACAAGUCUACACAAGUCUCUUCUCCACCUUCAUGACCUAUUUACAACUGAACUGCUUCCAAGAGGAAUGUGUGUUUUAAAGAACUUUUUUGUCGUGCCAGACCCCCAAAACCAAAUUGUGUUUUGUGCAAACUUUUUCAAAAUGUGAGAAUUUCCCCACUGAACUUGGGAAAGUGAAACCACUCUUACCUGUUGUGAUGAGCAGAGGUUACCUUGAACAUCCCAGCUUUGGCACCCUAAGAAAAACAAAUGCAUAACUCUAAAAUUGCCCUUUUAUUUAAUUCAGCAUCAGAAUUUCAGAUUGUUUGAGCCUGUCUGCUCUCUGGGCAUUAAAUCAUAGCCCAGAUAAUUUUUCUAUCAGAGCAUUUGACUGUUUCCACUUUAGUAAAGAGAACUGUAUCCAAACAUCAGAUAACAAGAGCCAAGAUUCUGUCAAAGUUAGCUGCAAUUUCUCUUCAGCAUUUCAGUGUCCAUUGCCAGGCAGAUAGUUUCAGUGCUUAUGUGUGAGUGAUAAUAAUUUGGCUUUUUUCACACGUGCCACCUGAAUCAUUUCUCAAAGUAGGAUUCCUUUGCUUCAGUCACGGGGAACAUAAAUUGUUCAUUUGGAGCAUCAGUUUUGGGAACCGCGUGCCACUUCCUCCUCAAACCUCUGACAGAUUCAUGUAGUUUAGAGAGGUGCGUGUGUGUCUGCUGUUGUAUCCGUGUGUGUAGACGUGUGUGUGUGCGUGCGUGUGUGUUUGAGCUCUGUCUGAAGUACAGAGUGCAUUCUCAGGUCAAAGGAGAGGUAUGCACAUACAAAGAAAGCACACCUGUGUAACACACACACACACACACACGCACACUGGGAUACACACAUGCUUACACAACCAAAUCUGCUGCAAAAAAAAAAAACAAAAAGAAAAAAAAAACAACAACCCUCAAGACACAGUGAUGUGCACAUACCAAUUCAUAUCACCCUCAGAGCUGUUUAAAUGUAAUAUUGUGAAAUUUGAACCUGUAUUAGGUUGUGGCUAUUCUUGGUAACAUAAGUAAACGUAAUAUAAAUGUAAACAGAAUAUAUAAACAUCAUAUCUAUUUUUGGAAUAAAUCCAGUGUUAUGGAAAGGAGGUUGUUUUGCAGGUUGCAAUGUGUGUGUAUUGUAUGUGUGUGCUGUACUGUUGAAAUGAGGCAAUAAUGACGUCUGUGUUUCAGUUAAUAGCCCAGCAUCAGUUCCUGUUCCUCUGCUACAUGCUUCCCACAUAGAGGUUUUGGAAGAGUGCAUGUGUGUGAAUGUGCGGCAGCAGUCUGAAGUAUGUCCUCUGUAUUUUCUAUUUAAAGGAUAAUUCCGGCUUAUUAGAAUUUGGGUCUUAAAUUUCAUUCACCAGUUUUCAAUAAAAUACUGGGUUAACCACUCUUAUAGGGAAGGUAAAACAAAAGUGUGAGUUAGAAUGAUAACAUAACUGCCUUUUGUGUGGACCAAUAUACCACAACCUCUGUCUUUUAUCACAUAAUUAGUGCGUGCGUACUUUCCCUAUAAUGAGUUAUUAAUAUCAGCUCGAGCCAAACAAACUAUUUUGAUCACCAAUUACUUGUGCAAAUCAGUUUUCAGGCAGAAAUGCUAAACUUUACCUAAUCUCUUUACCUUUCUUGACAUUGAGGAUUUGCAGCUUUUGUUUGUCUUACCUCAGAAUAAAGUGAAUAUCUUUAGGUUUUGGAUUAUUGGGGACACAAAACAACCAAUUUGAUGGAUCGCUUUAGGAUUUGGAAAAAAAUUGUGCUGUUUGCUGUUUGUUUUUCCUGAUGGCUUACGGACCACACAUUCAUCAGAUUAAGUGCUAAAGUUGUUUAGAUAAUCAUAACUGUUAGAAAUCAUUAUGGAAGACCCAAGUUGUAACCAGAACUAUCUUUUAAUUUUGCGUGUGCUAGACAGUCAUGCUUCACUUAAUCUUUCUGCUCGUCUCUCUCUCUCAGGGCAGGAGUCGACUUUAAUUGCGUAUACUGUAUGCCUAUGGAACGAUACGCUUAGAUUGUUGUAUUUAUUUUGAAAGCACUUUUUUCCAAAAGCACUUUUGG